GCAUUAGAGUAUAAACAGAACACAAACAAACAUAAAUGCCAAAUAUAAAAUAUUUAAUUGUCAGUUUUUCAGCAGUGGUAUUGUCAGUUUCAUUUUGCAAUAAAUUUAAGCUCAUUGCUUUUUUUAUUAUUAGAUAGUAGUGAAGAAAUGGAAGAGGAUGUUAUAACUAAGAAAAAGUACAGUAAUAAACAAAACAUGACAGCAUCUACAAUUGAGAAUACUUGUGUCAAUCAAUUAGUUAAAUGCCCCAGUAUUGAACACUGCCAUGGUGAUAGAAUACAACCAAGAAGUAAUACUGUGAUCAAUAAUUGGGAAAUAUUGGACUUUACUGUUGACCAAGCUAAAAUGCAAACAUCUCUUCCUGUUACAUUUGUUCCGGAUCUAGAACAAGAUAAAAUGCUAACAUUUCUUCCUGUCACCAGUGGUGACACAAUAGAAACAAUCUGUGAGAAUGAUAUUGGUUACAGUGAACAACACAUGGAAUCAGGUACAGAAAAUGCAAAAUCACAACCAACAAUAUCUAAUAGAGAGGGGAAAAUGCGAUUAAACAGUAAAAAUAGCCUAUACCCAUUGGAAGCAGCCGAGUUUCAACAAAAAGUGAUGUUGUCUUUGUCACAUAUCAGUCACCGAUUGGUUUUAUUAGAGAAAAAAUUCGAUCAAUUAGCUGAAGUUUUAACUAAAAACGCAGAUAAAGAUGACAAUAGUUUAUUUAACCGAAUCAGCCACUCUAAAGAUCUUGUUCCUUUUGAAGCCAAAUUGAAAGCAGACGUUAAACUUCAACGGAAACUAAAAUUAUCGUUUGAUGCUUUGGCUCUUUCAUCGGACAAUCAAAAAGAACAUAUUGCAUCUAUCUUUGAUAUGUUAAUGACGAAUGAAGUCCAGGAUAAAGUCAAUCUUAUGUACGGCAAUAAUGUACCUGGAAAAAACUAUACCGACCAUGUUGCAUUAACAGAGUUAGAAACUUUACUAAUGUGCAUGUUGAAGUCUUUGACACAAAAGUGGAAACCAUGUUCAGAGACAUACCUCAAAACAAAGAUGAGUGAGCUUUUAAAACAAUCCCGUAAAAGAGUCGCAGCUAAACAGUGGUAUCGCAUAUUAUUUGAAGACAAACUUUAAAAAACUUUUUUUAUUUUAUUAGUCUAUACUGAUGUUAUUUAUUUGUCUGUAAUUUUGAUAAGUUCUUUUACUCAA